AAGUUAAUUCGCUAUAUAUAAGUUCUUACUUCAUUGUUUCCUCUGCCAAAACUGCAAUUAACCGCAGAAAAACCCACGCAGCUCAAGAUGAAGUUCGUUGGGAUGAUGUCGAUUGCCCUUUUGCUGGUGGUCUUGAGCACCAACUCGCACGCCAUUUCCUCAUGUAAUGGCCCAUGCCAAACCCUCGACGACUGCCAAGGCCAAUUGAUUUGCAUCAACGGAAUGUGUAGCAACGACCCCAAUCUAGGCACUCAGAUAUGUGGCACCGGUGGUGGCGAUCAACCUGUGCCGACGUCGGACGACGGAGGAUGUGAGUCCUCAGGCUAUCUCCAAUGCAAUGGUAAAUCUUAUCCUACAUUCACUUGCUCGCCCCCGGUAACUUCCUCGACCCCAGCUAUCUUGACGAACAAUGAUUUCAGCCAAGGCGGUGAUGGGGGAGACCUGUCCGAAUGCGACGAGCAAUACCAUGACAGCUCAGAGCUAAUCGUUGCGCUGUCGACGGGGUGGUUCAAUGAUAAAUCGCGCUGCGAGAAGAUGAUCCAGAUAACCUCUAGCAAGACCGGAAGCAGCGUGAAAGCCAAAGUGGUAGAUGAGUGCGACUCAAUGCGUGGGUGCGAUUCUGUCCACGCUUACCAGCCGCCGUGCAGAAACAACAUCGUCGAUGGCUCGGAAGCCGUGUGGAGUGCUUUAGGGCUUGAUAAGGAUGUGGGUGAAGAGGAUGUGACUUGGUCAAUGGCGUAGACACAGGGAGUGAGAUUGAUGUAACUUAAUGUAGAGAGUACUAGCUCUCCAACACAUAUA